AUGGAUACUAUGAGGAUGAUUCUUGCACUUGCAACACAAAGAAGCUGGAUUGUAUACCAGCUUGAUGUCAACUCAGCUUUCUUGCAGGCAGAGUUGACUGAGGAUGUGUUCAUGGAACAACCUAGAGGAUAUGUGAAGAAGGAGGACCCUCAUAAAGUCUACAAACUAAAGAAAGCUUUAUAUGGACUGAAACAUGAUGAUUUAAUCUAUAUUGGGGAUAAUGUGAUGAUGAUUGAGGAGUUUAAGAAUUCAAUGAUGAGGGAGUUCAAAAUGUCCGAUUUGGGAAAAAUGAAAUACUUUCUCAAGAUUGAAGUGUUGCAGUUGAGUGAUGGGAUUUUUAUUGGCCAAAAGAAGUAUGCAAUGGAUGUGUUAAAGAGGUUUGGGAUUGAAGGAAGUAAUGCAGUCUUAAAUCCUAUUGUUGGUAUGCAUAUACCUCCUAGGAACAAGUAUCGGAAGCACAAGACUCGUAUCGCCAAUACGGAACUGGAUCAGACCCCUCAUGAGACAGCUGAAACACCUAUUGUUCCGAGGUUUAAGAUUUCAAGAGAUAAGAAUGGGGUUGAAGUUGAUGCCACCUUUUAUAAGCAUGUUGUGGGAAGCUUAAUGUAUUUAACAGCUACUCGUCCAGAUUUGAUGUAUGCAGUGAGCUUAAUUAGCAGAUAUAUGUCACAACCUACAGAGCUUCAUCUCAUGGCAGCUAAGAGAGUGUUGAGAUAUGUGAAGGGGACGGUGAACUUUGGGAUCUUUUACAAGAAGGAAGGUAACAAGGAUUUAGCUGCAUUCACCGAUAGUGAUUAUGCAGGCUGCUUGGAGGAUAGGAAAAGUACGUCUGGUUAUGCAUUCAUAUUGAAUUCAAGGGCAGUGGCCUGGUCUUUAAGGAAGCAGCCAAUUGUCACUCUUUCGACAACUGAGAACGAGUCUAUUGCUGCUGCAGCGUGUGCAUGCCAAGUGGUGUGGAUGAAGAUAAUUCUAAAAAAGCUCAGUUAUGAAGGAGGUGAGUGUACUACCAUUUUGUGGAUGAAGAUAAUUCUAAAAAAGCUCAGUUAUGAAGGAGGUGAGUGUACUACCAUUUUCUAUGAUAAUAGUUCAACGAUUAAAUUGUCAAGAAAUCCGGUAAUGCACGGUAGAAGUAAGCACAUUGAUGUGCGCUUCAACUUCUUGCGUGAUUUAACUAAGGAAGGAGUUGUGCAAUUAGUUCUUUGUGGCACACAAGAGCAGGUUGCUGAUGUAUUUACUAAGCCUCUCAAGCUUGACUUAUUCCUAAAGCUGCGUGGUUUGUUGGGAGUUUGCGAGACACCUGAAGCAAACUAA